AUGGCUUUCCCUAGUGCUACCCUCUGGCCCACCGGUAUUUUUGCCACUACCUUUGUAAAGCCUUUCGUGAAUGGCUACCUCAAACAAUAUUGCACCGACCAUUGGAGCUAUGCUAAUUGGCAUAUUGUUGUCCGCAAUGUGGUUCUCGACACACUAUGCGUCGUUAUUUCGUUCCAUAUCGUCUACUAUUAUGUCAUCACUAGCUACAGCAACCCCUCUAACUUGCUGAUGGGUGUGUGGAGCUUCAAGGCUCAUCAAGUUGCAGGCAUCUACUUCGAUAUUACUAUUGCCCUCUUUCCCUAUCUUACGGGUGUGUUCCGUAUCGUAGCUGCUACAAUCGGUAUGGGCGCGCUCAUUUGUUUGUAUCAUACGCUGAGAAGCACUAGAUGUGUUGGUCAGAACGCAGGCGCGAGUACAUUGCUUGCACGGCAGUAUCCAUCCGCGUUACGAGGACUGCCGGCUAACUCCGAAACGAGUAGCACGGAUUCGAUUAUCACUAUCAUCAUGAUUUAUACCCUGAACACGGGAGCCCUCACCAGCCUAUGUUCUCUCGCAGGAAUCAUUGGCAUCAAAAUAGGACCUCACACCUACGCCAUAGCCGCUAUCGAGAUCUCGCUGGCAAAACCCAUGUCCCUCUCGAAGGGCAUAGGUUUCCUAGCGACACGCCUACGACUCAGUUAUAUGUCUCCUCCACUCCGCGCUUUCCGGCAGAAGUUCAUACAGAUGGCGUUGACGUUGCUCCGCAUUGGACGGCUGUCUAUAGAGGCGAAGGCGCCCCUCGUAAGUCUUUGA